AAACCUGUCACUGUCAUCCUGUGCUAAUUUCCAAAGUUGAGUUUUAUACCUACCAUAUCUACCUAUUUGUUGUUUUGUAAUGGUCAAGUGCACGAUUAAGUAAAAUGAAAAACAUGUGGGGGUUUUGGAAAAUUUGUAGACCAUUUACUAUAUGUUCCAGUUAUAGUUGUUAUAUUCCCAAACAACAAGUAAGGCAAAGUGCUUAUUCCGUACGUACAAAUAGGAAGUUACUUGUUCCUACUGGAAUACAUAUUCGUAACUUGGGGCUUGGUCCUACUUCUAAGGAUUUUGAAGAGCCUGCACAGCUGUCCGGGCCAUUGACAAAAGCCUACGCAAGAGAACUGGUAUUACAUUUGAUUGAUGAAGAAAGGAAGAUGUUGUUAAGUGCACUUCAAGAAUAUGAAUCAAACCGAGUCAAAGAAGAAUUCGAAGAAACACUAGCCGCCCAGAGAUGGAGGUCAAAACUAGGUCGACCAAGUAAAGUUCCCACACUAGGUGAUGUCGAUCCCACGGGUUCUUACUGCCCGGUACCUGAAGACUGGCUAAAGAAGAAAUAUGCUGCCACAGUACCAAAGCCGACGACCAAGGAACUGUUCCACUUGAGCUUAGCAAACUCUAUACCGUUCAUUGGGUUUGGUUUUUUGGACAACUUCAUCAUGAUAAUUGCUGGAGACAGCAUCGAGAGCAGCAUGAGCGCGUACAUAACGCUUUCGACGAUGGCGGCGGCGGCGCUGGGCAACACGUUCAGCGACGUCAUCGGCAUCGGCUCGUCCUACUACGUGGAGCGCGGCGCCGCCAUGAUCGGGCUGGGCGCGCCCGCGCUGUCGCCCGUCCAGCUCGACAUGCCCAUCAGCAGGCGCUUCGCCAACGUGGGCAGAGUUCUCGGCAUAACUCUCGGCUGUUUCCUCGGCAUGACGCCGCUGCUCUUCAAGGACGACGAGAAGAAGCCAGAGGCCAAGGCGACCUCGACCGAACCUAAAACUUAGGCGAAGCAAGAAAACAAUAGACCAAUUGUAACUUCGACAAACUCCUAGCUGGCUCCUCUUCAGUUAACCAGUACGGGUCGCGUGCGAGACCCCUCGGUGACGACGCCACAGUGCAGCCCACACACCGCACCCUUGUUGUUACUAACAAUUUAGUUCUACAAGAUGACGAUCGAAAUGAAAAAUUAAUUUUCACUGCAUUGAGUAGUAUCUUUACUUAUAUUUGAUUUCAGAUUAUCAAAUAAUAAUUAAAAUAGUAAUAAUAUUAAUAAAACGUUUUGUAAAUAAAAAUCUCAGGCAGACUGUAAGGACUCCUUUCGGGUAAUGUCUCCCUCCUCCAGGAAAACCACUUCCUCUGGCUGCAGCCGUCACUAACUCCGCCCGCCGCAACUAUAUCGCCGCGGUCCGCGUGUGGUCAGUGGGCCGCGCCGCGUGACUUGUCCGUUUUCUUCGUAGCGAGAUAGUUAGGCGUCGCUUAUACUUGAUUUCAAAAGUCCACGGUCCUGGCCAUCCUUCUCUGAGUAGUGUGUAAUUUCUUGUCACUUGUAUAACCGAACUGCCAAGUCUGGUAAUGAGACGCUAGUUUCUGAAUCCAUAACAAUGUGUUUGUCUCUAGUGGAAGUUGUGAUUUGAGCCCAUUAUUUCUUCUACAUGAGCGCUACUCUUCUGUCUCGUUCUAAUUCUUCUUUUUUUCUAAGAGUUGUGUUUGCCUAGAGUGACGUAUCCUUUGACGAACUCGAGGGCAGGUCUCGUUAUUUGUAAAAAUGGGCGGCGUGACUGACGUGUUCCCGAGGUCCAUGUGACAUGCCUUGAGACAUUCAUCUCCCUGAUUGUUUCACGAGGUCUGCGCUAAAGGGAGCGGUGCAGCGACGCAGGUGUUCACAACGGUCGCGCGACAGAGACAACGCUAGUCAAUUAUGGCCAUCACUUUCUACAACAUAUGUACAGUCAAACCUGGGUAAGUGAGAACUGGAUAAGUGAGAAAACUCUAUAAGUGAGAGUAAUAGCUAGGACCCGUCAUUUUAAGCUCCCAAAACCUCUAUUAGCGAGAAACAGAAACCUCUGUAAGAGAGAGUCGUUUUUCCCUCAUGGACCUCCGUAAGUGAGACUGCUACUUAUCUAUACCUCUAUAAGCGACAGUCGAGCUUUAUUUAAUUAUAUUAUUUAGGAGGAACAAAUGACAAAACAAAUUACAAAUUUAACAUCUGCUAUUUUAUGACUUAUUCACUUUCUCGUCAAUAUUGAACCUAUUCUAUUUCGUGGAACUGUUGUUAUUUUAUUGCAUUAUUUUCGAAUGGACACGUGUGCCUGUGUACAGUCCUGUUUGUCGGACUUACUCAGUUUAUCGUUAAUCAAUUGCGAAGGAAAGUUCUGUUCUGCAUCAUGUCAAAACGGAAAAUGAAAGUACUGUCAAGUAAAAGUUAAACUGUAAAUUAAAGUACUGAAGUGAUAAACUUAAAAUAGUGAAUGCGUUUGAAUCCGGAAAAUCGUGAAAUGAAAUUCAGAGGGUGCAUUAGCGAGAAACUCGGGUUAGUGAGAAACCUCUAUAAGCGAGAAUGAGAUUGUGCUCCCUUGAACUCUCACUUAUCCAGGUUUGACUGUAUAUAAUUUAUUGCUUUAAUGAUUUGUAGAGCAUUGUGGUGUUUUUUUUAUUUUAUAAAAUUGUAUAACAAAAAGGCUCAUUGGUAGAAUACCAAAAAUUUAUGAAGCGUCGGUGGGCUAAAGUCCCGCAAGUACCAACAUUUUCUCGAGAAAUUAGCUCAAUACGUGCUCACGCAUGAUGUCCGCGAUGAAAUAAUAACAUCAUGCAACCCGAAAACAAUAGUAUAGCAGUAGUAGGACAAUAGAUCAAACUCCCGGUCCUACGAUUCCCACCGCACGCCUAAUGUAUAUAAUAAUUCAAUAUCAGUACAUCAUAUACCUUAUGGUAGGUAAAUCUAUCGACUUUUAUAAUAAGAAACACAGUGCUAAUAAAUCAGUUAUACAAAAGAUUGAUAAUAAUUUACUGCGAUUUAUGUUUUUUUUUAAAUCUUAGUUAAUUUAUGAAACUGAAUAAUAUUGCAGCGUAUGUAAUUUAGAAGAAACCUGUAACUUGCCUAAACGCAUUUUAUUUACUAACAUAAUUUAUACAAGAUGAACCAGUUGUUGUUUCAAAAAAAAAAGCCUUCGAUAUGUUUUAAUAGACAAAUUAUUAUUUCUUCGACGUAGAUUUUUGUAAAUAGUACACUUGGUGAUAAUACGUCAAUUGUCUUUGAUUAGGUAUAUUUCUGUUGGCACACCUUAGAACUAGCCAAUUUCUAUAACUUUUAAAUUCUCAUUAUUUAUACAUUUUUUUUCGUAAUGUAUUUUAUGCAGUAUGUAAAAAUAGUAUUUGAUUUAGAGCAAUGUGUUUUUAAUCUUCGUCAUGAUGUUAUACUGAAUGUAGAGCUAAUAACUCUGAGAAGUGAAUAACUCACUUGUGCUGCACGCGACUUGCAGCUCAGGAUGAGCUACAUCCAGCCUUGUGUACAGACGGACAUAACGCAGUUAUUAAAUUAGCAAAGUAAAACUGCCAUAUAUAUUUAUACUUCAACUGUCCGGUGGUAGGUGGCAGACGAGUGUCACAGAGUAAACAAUUAAGGUUAUUUUCAAGUGAUGCUUGUUAAUUUAUAAGCUAGCUAAUGUUUAAUUUAAUGGUCUGUUGUGUUCCUAUAAUAGUUCUCAAAAUAAUCAAAUGAGAUAAUUGAAUAUCAUUAAAUUAAUUAAAAUAUAAGGCUGUUUUAGUAAAAUUAUAAUUAUUUAAAAAAGUCACUCAACCCUGCACUGUUCGGUAUGGGAUUCCUUCAAAUUCCACACCAAUAUGUACAAGGUUUUGGAUUUUUAUUCUUUAUGUUUUAUUAAUUUACAUUUUAUAUUUUUUUAUAAUAAUAUAAAUAUAAUAUAUGUCAAUAAUUGUUUCGUACAAAAGUUUUUAAGCACGUCACUAAUAAUGUGUGUUACACUAAGUUUAAUUUAUUGUCUGUGAAAUCGAGGUACUCCUUCAAUAAUGGAUACUGAGUAAUAAUUAGAACAGUUCCAUGGAGUGCUGACAUCGAGACGUUAAAUAAACCAAAUCACAAAGUGAAAUUACUUCCCGAAGUUCAGCUGACGCUCGGGGUCAAUGACCCGCGGCGGCGCGGCGGCGGCUAGACUACCGACAGUAGCGAAGUGUUUGUGUGACAGUAGAGUUUAGAAAAUUAUAAGUAUUGCUUUCCGUGUAUUUUGAGAUUUAAUAUUAUUACGUCAUAUCCUUUCUACAUCCUGCCAUUUAAAAAGAAAAUUAUCAACGUUUUAUGUAGACACUUAAUGUAUAAUUUUUUGUACUGAAUGCACUUAGAUAUUGAACAUAAAAAUAAAAACUCCCAUAAAUGAGUUAGUUCGCUCAUUGAAGAUUGAUUUUAAAUGAAUAAGAAAAGUUUCGUGUACAAUUAAUAUAAAAAACGCUAUUUCACCCUCUACUGCCCUUCUAUUCUUUGCUGCAAAUUGUACUGUUAAUCAAAUUCUCCCCCCAAACUUCCUCUAAAAAUACCUAGUCUAUAUUUACAGUCUGAAUAGUAAUGUGUAUUUUAUUUGUUUGUUAAAUUGUUAAAAAAAGUUUGUAUUACAAAGGCAAAUGUAAUAAUAAAUUAUUUACGUAAGUGUGUGUAACGUUUAACGUAUAAGUAUAUAAGUAUAUUUAGUAAUAAGUAAUAAUUUCCUUCUUAUUCCGUUAGACUUCAAGCCUUGGCUCUAUUGUAUUUCAUGUAGAUAGUACAUGUGAAAAACAGUAUGUAAUUAAAAAUACCCACAGUAUAAACUGUUUAUCGUCUUUAUUAGUUAAUUAAUAAAAAUAAUAACAACUGACGAAUUCGGUUAUUACAAGUAAUGAAUGUUGUGAACGUGAUUAAUAUGAUGUGCUCGUGUGAAAAUAAUAAACAAUGUGAUUAAUAUUUUAGGCAAUAAAAGUGUAAGCACAACUUAAGUUUC